UAGCAAUACUAAAUAGAGAAAAUCAUUGCAAAACAAUUAACUUCAAUUUGAUUAUGUCCAUCUCUACAAGUUACAUUAUAAGUAAUUUUCUCUGUUGUUUUCAGUAUUUACUACCAUAGUAGGUAGUACUAUUUAUCUAAUCUUAGGAGUUCAUUUAUCUAAUAUGGACUGAAAUACCUUAACUAAUAAAAUGAAGUGUUGUGUGCCCUCUUGUACUAAUGGCUUAAAAACAGACUCGAAAAACACUCAAAAAGUUACCUUUCACAAGGUUCCAAAAGAGAAAUACUGUCGAGUAGCCUGGUUCGCAGCCCUAGGCAUAGAAGAGAGUGAACUACCUGAAGCCCCAGUGGUAUGCUCCCUACAUUUCAAAGACUCCAACUUCUAUAACGGCAAGAAUGGCUCAAAGAUAGUGCAAAAGGGGGCUGUGCCCUUUGUACAGGUGUGUAUGAUAUGCCUGGAUACAAAUUGUAAACUUUACCCACUGAGCAAGUAUAACCUGGAGCAAGCGUAUGAAAUAUUGACAGGUCUUCAAUUGCAACAAACGGUGCCGUAUUUGACGCCGGCAGCCUGCUCGGAGUGUGCUCAGCGCCUCACCAACUGCAGCCAGUUCCGACACAAGAGUCUGAGAGCACACGUGCUGUUAUUUGAGCUAUUUAAACAGCACGAAGUGUUAACAGUACCAAAAAUAAGAACUAUAAGUCGACACGACGAAGGACUGGCGUCUAAAAUAACACAAAAGUUUUUCAAACCCAACCAUUGUGACCUAAAUGUUGUCGACAGUUCAUCCGUAGAAAUAGAAAUAGACAAUGUAGAGACGAAAUCCAUAGUCAAAGUAGAAAAACAAGAUGAAAUAGUAUUUGCUUUUGAACGUAAAGAAAACGAUAGUUUUACAGAAUUAGCAGUCCACGGUAUCAAAAAUGAUUUGAAUGAAGACAUUGAUAUUGACGUAGAUUUUUUGAAUGAUGACAACAAUGUUGAUUUUUUGAACAAUGACACUGAUGAUGACGGAUUUUUGGAUGAAAAUUUGACUGCUUUGAAUGAUAAAGAACUAAAUGUCAGUAAUUUGGCAGGUGUUGGGGUUGAAUUUGUUACUAAAGUUGAAACCGAUAAAGGUGUUGAUGAGAACGUACCAAAAACAGUCGUUAAUAACAUUAAAAUAACAAGGAAAGGGAAUCCGGUUGGAACUAAAACUGUUCGUAAGAGAACCCGGGCUGUUAAAAGAAACGUUACAAAAAAAGUUGACGAAUCUAAACCUAAAAGAACAUCGAGGUCCAAAAAAUCUGGUGCUCCAAAAUUAGUAAGGAAUGCCAGAAACAAAUUGAGUAUAUUUGAUACAACUCAAUUGACACUUGAAGAGCAAAUAGCGGAAAUCGACAAGAGGAAGGAAUCUAGUAACUAUAAGAAUUCUGGUUUUCAGUGUGAUGUAUGCUAUAAGGGGUUUAUUACUGAAAUUACUUAUACUCGACAUAUGAAGAAGCAUACCAAGGCGUUCGGCACGCUGGAGUGCCCGGUGUGCAAGCAGUACUGGGGCGACAAGUACGCGCUGCACAAGCACAGCAAGUCGCACGCGACGCGCUACACGUGCACGCUGUGCGGCUACACCACCAUGACCAACGAGUCUGCGCGAAUGCACGAAAACUGGCACAAGGGCACCCGGUACAAGUGUGACCACUGUGACGCUGAAUUCAUCAAGUACACGUCAUACAUGACGCACUUGCGUGUGAAGCACCCUUCAGACCACAUCUGCAAUCAGUGCGGCUACUCCUACCUGAACGAGCUGGGCCUCCGCUCGCACUUGCGCAGGAUUCACCGCUUGGACAAAGUCGAGGUGAGACCUCGCCGCUACAGUACUACCACUAUGCCGAUGUACCUGCGCAGACAGCAAGUACACGUCAUACACGACGCACUUGCGUGUGAAGCACCCUUCAGACCACAUCUGCAAUCAGUGCGGCUACUCCUACCUGAACGAGCUGGGCCUCCGCUCGCACUUGCGCAGGAUUCACCGCUUGGACAAAGUCGAGGUGAGACCUCGCCGCUACAGUACUACCACUAUGCCGAUGUACCUGCGCAGACAGCAAGUACACGUCAUACAUGACGCACUUGCGUGUGAAGCACCCUUCAGACCACAUCUGCAAUCAGUGCGGCUACUCCUACCUGAACGAGCUGGGCCUCCGCUCGCACUUGCGCAGGAUUCACCGCUUGGACAAAGUCGAGGUGAGACCUCGCCGCUACAGUACUACCACUAUGCCGAUGUACCUGCGCAGACAGCAAGUACACGUCAUACAUGACGCACUUGCGUGUGAAGCACCCUUCAGACCACAUCUGCAAUCAGUGCGGCUACUCCUACCUGAACGAGCUGGGCCUCCGCUCGCACUUGCGCAGGAUUCACCGCUUGGACAAAGUCGAGGUGAGACCUCGCCGCUACAGUACUACCACUAUGCCGAUGUACCUGCGCAGACAGCAAGUACACGUCAUACAUGACGCACUUGCGUGUGAAGCACCCUUCAGACCACAUCUGCAAUCAGUGCGGCUACUCCUACCUGAACGAGCUGGGCCUCCGCUCGCACUUGCGCAGGAUUCACCGCUUGGACAAAGUCGAGGUGAGACCUCGCCGCUACAGUACUACCACUAUGCCGAUGUACCUGCGCAGACAGCAAGUACACGUCAUACAUGACGCACUUGCGUGUGAAGCACCCUUCAGACCACAUCUGCAAUCAGUGCGGCUACUCCUACCUGAACGAGCUGGGCCUCCGCUCGCACUUGCGCAGGAUUCACCGCUUGGACAAAGUCGAGGUGAGACCUCGCCGCUACAGUACUACCACUAUGCCGAUGUACCUGCGCAGACAGCAAGUACACGUCAUACAUGACGCACUUGCGUGUGAAGCACCCUUCAGACCACAUCUGCAAUCAGUGCGGCUACUCCUACCUGAACGAGCUGGGCCUCCGCUCGCACUUGCGCAGGAUUCACCGCUUGGACAAAGUCGAGGUGAGACCUCGCCGCUACAGUACUACCACUAUGCCGAUGUACCUGCGCAGACAGCAAGUACACGU